UGCAAAUCAAUCCUCACUCUGAAGCAGGCCACUACUAUGAGAUUCAGGGCCUCUGUAACACGGUUUUUUCGCAAUAACUUUUUAUCUAAGCAUUUCAUAAAUAUAACGCUUAUUCAGAAUACAUAUUAUAUCUACACAUAAAUUUUGACUGUAUUCUGCAUUACUUAGGUUGAAUAAAUUUGGUACUUAUAAUGUAAAAGUGACUUUUUUGAAGACUUACUCAGAGAAAAGGUUUCGAACGCACUCGUUACGUAACUUAUGACAGCAUUUCUUCCCUCUUUCUCGAUGGAUGAUUGGCUAUACGUAACGAAGGCUAAACCUCUGGCAACAAUGACAUACAAAUUUAAAUACAAGCAAAGCAGUACACCUUUAUGAACUCUGGAACCUCUCCACUGAUAAUUGUCAUAAUGAACCAACAAAAUAUGUUAAUAAAUACAAAAACACUUCGAUUAUUUGUCUAACUCCCAAAAUAGGUUUCCUAAGAAAUUACAGUUUAUUUUAUAGGUCACAAUCAGAUUGACAAGAUGUAGGGAAUAGUUGGUAAUUUUCAAAAACAUAGUAGACAAGCUUGAUUUGAUAACUGCUAUAUCCAAUGUCAAGCAAUUUUUAUUUAUUGGCUAUCUACCUAUUUACUGAAAAAAAAAUAGCCGGUACCGUAUAUUGGCUUUAAACCUUCACCAAUAAUUAUCGUCAGCAUGAUGACUUCAUGAGGUUCCACCCACUUUCGCCUCGUUAUAAUUCAGGAUAAUACUGAAGGCUACCAUGGGCAUUGUUGGAUUAGAAAAUUUAACUUCUGGCUAUAAAAACUAAUUUCUCGAAUAGUUGUAAGAAGUGCUAAAGGAUCCUCAAGGAUCCCAGCAGUUGGCCUAAACGUUUAAUUCAUGUAUAUUACUGCUAUACUGUUUCGGCACUACCGCUACAGUAGUAUUACUACGCUAGCACUGAUACCCCACCCACAUCUAUGUAUCGUUCCGCCAUUCAUAAAGUCUUUGGGUUUCAGAGCCGAUAGAGUUUCUGUCUGGUGGAUGGGCGGGGCAACAUUUCGUCAAAAGGUGUGUUUACCUUGCUUACGUAAUGUAUGUUUUUCGACUCUUGGCUCGUAAUCAUUGGCCAUGGCGUCGGCUAGAUCAUUUUUACUCUAUAAAAAUUAAAACUGUCGGCUUUAGGUUAUUGAUAAUGCUGACAAAAUUUGUGUGUGGUUGUAAAAUAUACACAUGUCAACUUUCAGCUACAUCCGAUGCUUUGACAAGGAGCGAAGUCCAAAAAACCGUGUUACAGAGACCCUGAAUCUCAUAGUAGUCUCCUAUUUACCUUUAAGGAUUGUCCCUUCUUGAUCAAGACAUCUAUACAUUUGGAAAACAAACAUCCUUUGCAUACGACAUGUGGGCCAACCAAAUUAGAUUUUGUUGAGUAUGCUUCAAGAUGGCAAACCUACAGCAACUUAAGGCAGUGCUGCUUCUGGUGUUGGCCACGGGAUCUGAAGCGAAUGGAACAGAAGCACAGAGCGUCCUCACCCCAACGGCAAAGCCUAACGACACAUCAGCUCAACUUCUGGAGGAAACAGUCAGUCCAGCUUCAACCACGUGCGCCAUAAGAGCAAUCUGGAGGCUUUCGUCUCAUGUGAUGUGUUUUCAUGAAGGAAGGUGUCGCCUUUACAGCGUAGCUUCAGACGCUGCAGAACAAACGGACAUCGAUGAGGGACAUUUCUGCUGGAGGGUAGAAGGCAGGACAUUGAAGGCAACCUCUUCCCCGGAAGGAGGUGAUGACUCGCCUUGCAAUGACGGGUAUACUAUGGCACUUGAAAUUGGCUGCGUCCAUAUUGCUGCAGCGAUGGACUGGUAUAAAGCUAAGGAAUAUUGCAUCGGGACCGGCGGACAACUAAUGGAACCAAAGAAUUUCACCGCGCUUCAGGUAUUUCUCGAAGGAAUUGAAGAAGAUCAGUUCUGGGUUGCUGUGAGGGCUCGCAAGUGGCUCAGUGGGGCUUCGGUCACACGGAGCCAGUGGGCUCCGGGAGAGCCAAACGAGGAGAUGGGAGCUUGCGCUCGGAUGAAGAAAAUUGGCGACCCUCGAUAUGCUCUUGCUGACAAAGAUUGUUUAAUGAGACACAAGGCUAUAUGCGUCCAUUACUAAUAAGAUAACGUGGACUGUUGAAACUGAACUAAAUGCAAAAUGAGAUGGACGGACAGAUGUAGAACAGAACCAAGAAGUGAGAGGUCGAAGUUAAAGCAGACGCCCGAGGUCAUCAAAUUUUGGGCAUCAUUAAAGAAAAACGGUGUCAACACGAAACCAAGAAAAGUAAAGUCAUGGUUGUACGGAGGGUCAAGUUCAUAUGGAAGGUCAUAGUCAUCAGAUUUUGACAUGUAAAAAAACCUCAUCCAUUGUGUAUGAAGUUUAAUUAAGGUAUCCUUUGCAUUUCCAUCGGUAGAGGUGUAACUGACAUACGGAGCUGACAGGCGGGAUACAGAUGAUUGACAAACUUAUCUGACAUUAAAACAGAGAGCGAGUCAGAGUGAGGUAGUUAGGAAUCAGAUUACAGUUGUCCUUUAAUUCCAUCUCUCUCGCCUUGAUUCGAGGCUUUAAAACAACGUUAGAUAUUUUGUAAACAAGACAGUGAAAUGAGCAGUAAAGUUAGACGUCAGAAAAACAAGUCUUCACCCAUAAACAAAGUACGUUACAAACGACAGCUUCGUGACAUUUUAUCUUCUUGGUGGAUGUAAUACACCUUUCAUCUCAAAGUGAAAUAUGGAUUUUACGAUUCGUUUCAUCAAGUACCCUGAUUAAUUCAUCGGAUCUCUGACCGUAAAUGAAAAUCUGGCAAAUUCUUUGUUACAGAGAGAGAGAGAGAGAGAGAGAGAGAGAGAGAGAGAGAGAGAGAGAGAGAGAGACGUUGUCAUCUUUAAUCAUAACAAUGAUAAUAACUAAUAAUAGUGUACCACGUACAAUCACCUUUAUCCCCUUAGAAGACCCAGAACAAGGUGAGAGGCAGUAUUCGCCCCGUGUCAAAGGUCAGCCUAGACAGCAGAAUAAAAUCAUCAGGAAAUAAUUUGACGUUUUUAUAAAAACAACCUUGCGUUCUUUCCUCCGAGCUGCUUGAUCAUUAAUUUCUAAAAGUACUGGUAAAAAUGCUCCAUUGUUAUAGUAGUAUGCCUACAAAAGUCUGAGUUUCCUACACACCGAUAUCAUGAAAUGAUCAGACUAUUAAAUAAUGUUGCGCAAUCCCCCCCCCCCCCCCCCCCCCACCCCC